GCUGCGGGUGAAGGUGGUGGGGCUCUUGAAAAGCUCCAGCUUUCAGGUCGCGAAGAGCAUGGCUGAGGUAACCGCGGAGAAAUCCCAAGUGUGGUGUCCUCGUUGCCCCGAGCCAGGGAGGCUGGGACCGCGUUCUCGGCUCUUCCGUGGAAAGAAGGGACGAAAUAGGCGGUCUCCGCUGUAUCCUGCCAUGGAGCUGGAAUGUGUAGGAACAAGUGUAGGCCGGGACAAGGUUUGACUUGGAAGGGGGCACCGCUAAGACAGAUCCGAGCAAAAGAAGUGUUCAGAACCAUCCCGCGGAAAAAAAUGAGUCUGAAGAAUACUUAUCCAUCAAAAUUUGAAGAUUGUGUAAUAGUUCCUCUUCAAGAAUUUGCAUGGGAUCAAUAUCUACAGGAGAAAAAAAGGGAGCUCAAGGGUGAAAUCUGGGAAUAUUCUUCCAAAGUGAUGUGUUUUGUCAAUGACCAGCUCCUGGGGGACGCACAUGAUCUGCAGCAAUGGGCCCAGAAGGUGUGGGAUAUUGUAGAUGUGAAGCCGCAGGCGCUGUAUGAGGCCCUUACUUUGGAUUAUUCCACUAAAUUCUUGAGAGAUACCAAGCAUGGUUUUGUGUUCUUGGACAUUGGUAUUGAUUUAUCUCCCAUUGGAAGACUGAUUUUUGAGCUGUAUUGUGAUAUAUGUCCCAAAACAUGUAAAAAUUUUCAGACCUUGUGUACGGGAAAAGCAGGGUUUUCCAAAAGAGGCAUAAGGCUACAUUACAAAGGGUCAAUUUUUCACCGAGUAGUGCAGAAUGGUUGGAUACAAGGAGGAGAUGAAAACUUUUCAAUUCCUCAUAAUAAAAGAGGAGUUCUUGGAAUGGUCAACAAAGGCCGUCACAGCAACGGGUCACAGUUCUAUGUUACACUACAAGCUGCUCCCUAUCUAGAUAGGAAAUACGUGGCAUUUGGGCAAUUGAUCGAAGGAACAGAAGUUCUUAAACAACUAGAAUUUGUCCCAACAGAGAAUGAAAGACCAGUACAAACAUGUAGCAUCACUAACAGUGGAGAUCUUUAUGUCUGAUUUUCACAUCAAUUUUUUGAUGAUUUAUUACUUUGCAUCUGAUCAAUGUUUCUAAAUUUAUUAAA